AUCGUGUUAAGGAGAAACAUCACUUUGAAUUGUGCUGUUGAUACGUGAGGUAAUGAACCGAUAGGGUAAAGUAAAUUCAGAAAGACAUUGCUCAACAGCAACAAGAUAGAAGUGUAUCAUAACAGCGCAUAAAAAGUUUAUAAAUAAAUUUCAUCCCAAUGGCGAGUGAGAGGAAAUCAAUGAAGCAUUCAAUUCGAAAACUGGAGAUACCUAUUAGUAAAUUUAAUGAGGUGGCAAUUCCGUAUCACCUGGAUCUCCUGCGAAGACACAAAGAUAAUCUUAAACGAUAUGAGAGACUCCGUGAUUGGGAGAAACUACAACACGAGCAAAUUAACGCAUCACGAUUAGUCAAACAGUUGGAGCAACUGCUGUACGAAAUGGAUGUACUGAGGAGUCAAGUAGAACACAGUGACAUAGAUAAAUUUGAUAAACUUACUGCUAAGUCCAGGCAAAACACGAUCAUCGCUAUUCAAGAGUACCUAGAUAUGAAAUUUGAACCUGCGAGCGUUCUUGUUCCUGACCUUAAUCCAGAUAGUCCGGAGACUCACCAUGACGAGGCUUUCCUCCAUUUUCAGAUGGAGACAGAAAAGUUGAAGAGACAGGAGGCCUGUCUUCAUGCCUGGAAUGACCUGCAGGGUGAAUUGUACGAAUUAAAGAAGUUGUUCAUAGAUUUCGACCAAUUAAUUAGGGAUCAACGGGAGCAAGUCGACAUCAUAGAAGAUGACGUUGUUGAGGCUGAGGAGAACGUCAGGGAUGGGACCAGUUUCCUCCAAAGGGCAGCAAAAUAUAAAGCUGCUGCUUACCCUAUCGCGGGUGCACUGUUGGGUACCUGCAUAGCUGGACCGGUUGGUUUAUUUGCUGGAUUGAAACUUGGCGGUGUUGCGGCUGUUGGUGGUGGAAUUUUAGGAUUCACAGGAGCCACGAUGCUAAAGAAAAAACAUAUGGAGAAUCUCAAUACAGCUGCAGAUGAAACUGAACUAAAGCCCACGAGAUCGAGGACCCCUCUCUUGCGGGGCAACUUCAACCGAUCAAGAGCAGGGUUGUGACAUUUGAGGAAACCUCAGCCACACAACUAUACGUUGUGUGAUAUUCUUUAGCCUUUUUCAAAAAUUGUUGGCACGCUUUCAGUGUUUUCAAUCGAUGAACAAUAAGCGAGAACACAAGCCUGGAACUAUCGACAUCUCUGUGAUCAAUAACAUGAUAUUUUAAUACGGAUGACAUACUGUAAAAUUGAAACGCUUAGUAGCUUAAAAAAUAAAGUUCCAUAUAAAUUCUAUCAAAACAUUCAUUUUUCCCCAUCUCAAAUGUUGGCGGGUGCUGUGGCAGAAGUCGACGGUCGCCCUGCCACAAGAAACGAACCUGACACCACCUAGGAGGCUCUCUCCGCAUUGUAAUACUGGUUCAAUUCCAUUUAGUUUCGCUAUUCCAACGACGACACAAAAUACCUAACCUCCUUGGAAUUUUUCUGGUGAACAUUUCUUGAUUUCUCUCGGUGAAAUCAGCUGAUCGAUUAAAAGGUGCAUCGCUCAAAAUGCCUUCGAUUACGACGGUCGUUGGAAAACCAUUUGUUGUACUCACUUUUGUUGCCCUGGUCUGGCGAUGGAAUCAUCUCCGUAGCCCAGAGUGGUGGGAGGAUUAUCAUCAAGAAAUGAAGGCCCUGAAGCGAAAUAACACUUAGAAACAACGAAUAAAUGUAGAAGUAAACUCUCAUCACCUCUCAAAUUAGUUGAUUCUUUAAAAAAACUUUCAACGCUCCAUUGUUGUUAUUUUCUCUGGAAUAAAUAUUUUUCUUUAAAUAAUAUAUUCAGUAGUUUCCAUUCAGGAAUUAAAUUAAUAAUCAUUAUGUACGAAGAAAAUAAAAAAAUGAUAUUGACUCAAA